CGAAACAAUCCCAUCACCUCUCCCACUCCAUAACACUGCUCAAGGGGUUUCUUGAAGGACUAAUUUUUGUGUCAAACUCUGGAAUUCGAUUUAGAUCUAUUUCUAUUAUAACCAGUCUCGAGCACCGGCGAGAAAAAUGUACGGAUUUGAAGCGCUCUCCUUCAACAUCCAUAGUGGUUACCUGGAGGCGAUCGUGCGGGGACACAGAGCUGGUCUGCUCACCGCCUCCGAUUACAACAACCUCUGCCAGUGCGAAACCCUCGAUGACAUUAAGAUGCACCUCUCAGCCACCGAAUAUGGCCCUUACCUCCAAAACGAACCCUCUCCGCUGUACACAACUACGAUUGUGGAGAAAUGCACUCUUAAACUUGUAGACGAGUAUAACCACAUGUUAUGCCAAGCUACGGAGCCUCUGUCAACUUUUUUGGAGUACAUAAGAUAUGGUCACAUGAUUGACAAUGUUGUCCUAAUUGUCACUGGAACAUUGCACGAAAGAGAUGUCCAGGAAUUGCUGGAGAAGUGUCACCCUUUGGGCAUGUUUGACAGCAUUGCCUCCUUAGCAGUGGCACAAAAUAUGAGGGAGCUUUACAGGCUAGUGCUUGUUGACACCCCAUUGGCCCCGUAUUUCUCACAGUGCAUUACUUCAGAGGACUUGGAUGACAUGAAUAUUGAGAUUAUGAGGAAUACCCUUUACAAGGCGUACCUUGAAGACUUUUACAAGUUCUGCCAGAAAUUGGGUGGUGCCACUGCAGAGAUCAUGUCCGACUUGCUUUCUUUUGAGGCUGACCGAAGAGCUGUUAAUAUAACUAUAAACAGCAUUGGCACUGAGCUUACUAGGGAAGACCGCAAGAAGUUAUAUUCUAAUUUUGGUCUACUUUAUCCCUAUGGUCAUGAGGAACUUGCCAUCUGUGAAGAUAUUGACCAGGUUCGUGGUGUCAUGGAAAAAUACCCUCCAUACCAAUCAAUAUUCACGAAAUUAUCCUAUGGGGAGAGCCAGAUUCUUGACAAGGCUUUUUAUGAGGAAGAAGUCAAACGCCUGUGCUUGGCAUUUGAGCAGCAGUUCCACUUCGGCGUAUUUUUUGCAUAUGUAAGGUUGAGAGAGCAAGAAAUCAAGAACUUGAUGUGGAUAUCUGAAUGUGUGGCUCAGAACCAAAAGUCCAGAGUGCAUGAUAGUGUUGUUUUCAUAUUUUGAUUUUCAUAAACGGUAUUUGUUGUAUUCAUCAUCUAUAUAAUCUUCUUUGUGAGUUUGUGUAAGAUAAGUUCUUUGGGGACCAGUCGUGUCCCGUUGGAGCAAAUUGCUGAGAGCCUCUUGAGUUUAUAAAAUUUUUAGUGAGACAUUCUUCCACACGCGAAGCAAUUGCUUUUGCUUAAUAAGUCCAUAUGUAUGUAAGUUUGAAAUCUCAAGCAAGCUGGUUGUUUUUGUGAUUUGUAUUUUAAAUUUGUUAAUAUAACUAUGUCGUAUUGAAGUUGUU